GGAAUCGAAGAAUGCGAGAGGUUGAGCAAGUCACUCGGUUUCCGGCUUGAUGCGGCUCCUUUCAUGCUCGACAGGCCUUACAACCUCGUGGUCUCCACACCGGGAGCAAAGGAUGUGCUCACAAGAGACCGGGAGUUUGCUGCCUUCAAGGGCUUCCCAGUGACGGUGACGACCAAGGAGCCUUUCAAGAACAAGCUCGUCUUUGAGGGCAACCUACACGAUCGGUCGGAGGAGGCAGUCAGGAUCAACGUGAAGGGCAGGAUUGUCUCUAUCCCUCGGCCGUUGGUAAGGCACAUGUGGUGGAGCAUAGCGCUGAGCAGCUUGACUGAUCAGGUUCUGGAGGUGAAGAUUGUCAACGAUUUCACUCCUCUCUCAUGA